AUGGUGAUGCUGGGCGGGGCGGGGUCGCCGGGUGGCGACGACUUGCUUACCGUCACCGUUGUUCGAGAUGAGCAUGGUUAUGGCAUGAAAGUUUCUGGUGAGGAUCCCGUAUACGUACAGUCAGUGAAAGAGCACGGCGCCGCGUGGCGAGCUGGCCUCCGCUCCGGAGACAGGAUCCUGCGCGUCGACUCCGUGCCAGUACAUCAUCACACACAUCAACAAGUCGUGCACAUGAUACGAGCGAACCCAUCAACCGUGUUAACAGUACAGCAGAACUCUUCAAGGCAUAAAACGCCGAUCACAGCACCAGUGCCAGUUAACCCGGAGAAACAGCGUCAGCUGGAGGUGUCGAAAGUGCACACUGUCCGGCUGAUGCUGGAGCAAGAACAGAAGUUCAUCAGGGAUCUACGCAAUGAACUGUUAAAAGUUCCCGACGUGAGGAAACAAGCUCAACUGGAAUCCGCUCAGCAGCGCUGCUCAAAAUUACAACAUGAGAUCGACACGAUCAUGGCUGGACAGCCGGGCUCCCCCGGCGGCCCCAGCCCGCGGGCCAAGCUCCCCGAGCGCGCCCCGGCCGCGCAGCCCGGCGGCUUCCUCAGCGGACUGCCGCGCUCCCUGUCCAACCUCACGGGGCAGAGCCUGCGCAACCUGCGCAACAGCCGCGCCAAGCAGGCCGAGCCCGCGGCCGGCCCGCUCGUGCGCCAGAACUCGGACGACUGCGGGCGGCGCCGCCCCCAGUCGCAGCAAGCCGCGCCCACCGUGCCGCUCGUGCCCACCACGUGCCUCGACAACGUCACGCCCCCGCCGCUCCCGCCGCGCUCCACGGAGCGACCCAAGCGCAACCCCAUAAGCCCCAGCAUGAGCCCGCCCCUGAACCCGCUGGCCAAGCCCAAGCCGGGGCACAGCUCGCAGAAGUACUACGGCCGCUACUACGGGGACCAGUUCGCGAUGCACCAGUCGAUGCACGAGCACCGCCGCUCCUCGCACUCGUUGGACGGAGACCUGGACGCCGACCUGGACGGCCCGCAGCCAAACUCUAUCGCCAUGCAGAUGAGUUAUCCGCUGGUUAAUGUGCCACCACCACCCUUACAGACGGACAACCGGACAGGCGUACCUGUGUUACAUAUGAGGAGUCGGUCGUCUCCCGAACAACUGGACACUGACUUGAAUAGAUCAAGCCUAGUAUCGUCACCCCUGGCGCGGACAGCGCGCUCUCCGCCCGACAGUGGAACUCCGCCCCCGGGGACUCCGCCACCUCCUUACCAUACCAACACACAGCCAUGCGCAGACCCACAAAGAGCCAUCAUCUCAAUGGAAGAAGAUGACUCACCCGCAUCUGACACAUCGACGUACUCCGGUUUAUUUUCAAACCUGCGAUCAGUACGUGAAUCGAAGGCGCGGACAGCGGUACUGCUCAACUGGUUGCUGGGAGAAAGGAGAUGCGCGUGCGCCUGUUUACUACUAGUACUAACGGAUGGGUACCGCAGCGCCAGUGGAGUGCAAACCCACACUCUGCGCCGCUGGGCAUACGAGAUUCACUCGACAUUCCUCGUACCUAACGCGAUUUUACAGUUGAGCGGUGCGGACGAGAACAUGGCGAAUGAGAUCGAACAUGUUUUAGUUAAUGAAUACGAAAAAGAAGAACUCCUUCGCAACGUGUUUCGCAAAGCGCGACAGAAGGCCAAAGACGAGCUUAGCCAGCAACUCACCGAGUUCCAGGUCAAGAGACAGGUUGGGUUGGGUACACUCUACGGACCUGAAGACAGCGUUAUCGACAAGUGUGAUGUCGAUAAGGCGCAGGAGCUAGUGGUGGUGGAGCAGUUGAUGUGUGGUCAGUUGCGCGCGGUGUCGGCGCUGCCGGCGGGCGCGGCGCACGCGCACGGGCCGCCCGCGCACGCGCACGCGCACGACGCGCACGCCACGCUGCUCGCCGCGCUCGUCGCCGCCGCGCUCUGUCUGCACUGCAGGUACUACACUACUUCUACAUCGUCUUAG